UGUGGUCUUGGAUGAGGGAUAAAAAUCAUUGAAGGAAGAAUGUGUAAAGGCUUUGAGUUUAAAGUCUCUUAUUUCUCUCUUUUUCUCUAAUAGAGGUUGGUGUCUUGGCAAAACAGUAUCUUGAGCAAGGCCUUUUGGUACCAGAUCAUGUAAUCACUCGUCUCAUGAUGACAGAGUUGGAGAAAAAACAGACCGAGCACUGGCUGCUGGAUGGUUUUCCUAGAACAUUAGUACAAGCUGAAGCACUUGACAGGAUCUGUGAGCUGGAUCUAGUUAUCAGUUUAAACAUCCCAUUUGAGACGCUGAAAGACCGCCUCAGUGCUCGUUGGAUUCACCCAGCUAGCGGAAGAGUGUAUAACAUGGAAUUCAAUCCGCCUCUCGUACAUGGGAUCGAUGACAUCACAGGUGAGCCAUUAAUCCAGCAGGAAGAUGACAAACCUGAUGCUGUUGCUGCCAGGCUAAGAAAAUACAAAGAUGCAGCAAAACCAGUAAUAGAUCUAUACAAGACCAGAGGUGUCCUACACUCAUUUUCUGGGACGGAGACCAACAAAAUCUGGCCUUACGUCUACACCCUGCUCUCAAGCAAGAUUCCUCCUAUCUGUUCUGAAGAGGCAAACUAAAAACCUCCCACAGGAGCAAGAAACUAAUAUGGUUGCUUAUUUGGUGCGUGCGGUAUUGGAGCUGUCCUCAAACUGGAGGAUAGCUCAGUGUCUAAAACAGCUUCCUUAAGUUUCCUUCAGAACAUGUAUGAAAAGGCAGUUAUAGCCAGAACCAGGGUGGAGGAGGUUUAAGACCAAGGGCUAUAACAUAUAUAUUUCUGUUGGUGAUCAGGAUUUCUUAAUUUGUGGACCAAGAUGUAACCUUUGUUGGAUUUCUGUAACCUAUUGUGAUUUCCCGUCGCCCCCAGUUUCACACAGAUGUGCAAUGUGCUCUUUUGUUGCUCCGCAGCACCACUUCCUUAAGAUAAUGCACCAUGAUGACUUAUUUGAAACGUUCUCAGAGAAAUAGUACUAAGAUGCAAACUUUAGCCCCAUGGGAAUUGGUGAGUAACCUGAAAAAAAGAAUUACACUACAAAACUCAUGAGGCCCAUGCUUCCAGUAUUAAGCACAGAAGAAAAUCAUGGGGGGCUAGAAUAUAUAUGUGUGUGCUUCUUUCUUUUUGUUUUUAUAAGAGAAAAAGGAAAAAUACGAUUAAAAAUGCUGCUAUCUGAUGUAGUUUUCACUAUGUUGUAUAGUAUUGACCAGGAAACUGAGUAGGCUUACAUUUGCCUAGGAGAAGAGUUGCACUAGAUGGUGCUUGACAGUUUAUAGCUUUAAUACUAUAAGAUAUGGGUGUAUUAUUGGUUGGUCCCAAAGAUUUACUUUAAUAUCUGGUUUUGUUUGGUUUUUUCCCUCUGGGAAAAAUCCCUUCUGUAUAUUGUAUUGCCUUAUAAUGGAGGUUCCUUCCCGCGCUCAGCAUACGGGGGUUAUUUUGAGAGGAAAUCCCCUUAGCUUUUAUGGGGGCUGCCUGUGAACCUUCCCUUUUCCUGUUAAUAAAAGAAGAGACCUCGCAUAUAGACACAACUCUGGCUGACUUGAGUUCCACCUGAGGUAUGCAUGUGUGUAUGUCGGAUGGCAAGAUCGGGACCAACUGCUGGUAUUAAGCACUUUCUUUGUGAAUCUAAAGCAAAUUUUCCAUUUCUUGUACAUUCCAUGAUAACCGGGUUAUGCUGGUUCUGUUACUGUGUGCUCAAUUUACUUGUGCUUGAAGUUACGUACAAUUAAGCAUGCAGCUAAGUUAAAGUCAGUGCCCAACUUGGCAGGAAGUUCUUUGCCAGCUGAAUAAAAAACAUUGCCUUCUUCUAGAACUGACUCGAGACUAGUACCAAAAAGUAUCUUACCAUGAAUAUAGACUUUUUCCUCUGGCACUGUGGUUACAGCUUCUAGUAUGAAAAAGUUUUGUAGUGUACCAUUUUAUGUCUUUACAUCCAUUUCCAGUUUACAUUUGCAGUUACAACACUUCACAGUAGUGGUUCUGAAGUGUUUUAGAGCCGCCAGUGAUUCUUGUUAGGAGAAGCAUUUCUAGUUACUUGUGAAUGGAUUAUUAUGAGCAAACACCUUUCAGAUGUAUGACAACUUUUCCUUAGUUUGCCUUGUUCCUGUCUCUGUUUGAGCUGGAGAUGAUGGCUUUUUGCUAAACUGGAAGUACUGUACAUUUGUUUGACUUAAUCUUUAAUAGCUGCAGUACCUAAUUAAUGGGAAAAAGGAUUUACCUCUUAUGCCAUGUCUCAAGUUGCCUUAUUUUAUAAACUAUAUUUAAGAAAAACCAAGAUACAUAUUUUUGAGAAAUAAGAAGCUGAAUUUUCUGAACUAGACUUUUUGAGAACUCUUUUUGCCAAGCUGCUUCAUUUGCAUUGCUUGCCAUGGUCAAUUUUAGCAAUCAGUAUCUAACUAGGAUUGCUAGUUAAAAAGCUGCCGCCAUAUUCCAGUAGACAGCUUGAUUGACUUUUAAAACAAGUCUGUCACUGAAAUGUCCAUACCUGCCUUUUCUGUUCUUUGCAAUAUGCUCUUGAAGAUUGGCUGGGUGUAGGGAGAGGAGUUGGGAUUGGACUUUUCUAAGUUACAUUCAGAAUUUUAAUUGAGUGGAAACUUUUUUGGCACUGGGGGAAGGGAGGGUUGUUUGGGGUUAUGGGUUUGUUUGUUUUUCCAAGCUAGCAGGCAGCUAACAUAGAAAAGACAGCAGGUUGUAGACAUCUUCACACCUUUCUCUCUCUUCCUGCUAUUAGGGUGAGACUUGCUCAGUAUUUCCACUCUGUUCUCCACUUUUAUUCCUCUUCCCUUUUCUCCUAUCCAUGGCAAUAGAAAGCCCUCUUAAUAGAGCAGUCUGACCUUCUCAGUUAAGGACCUACUGGUUGCCUGUUAUCACUAGCUGUCAAGCUCACAGCUGUCCUGUUGUGAUCAGCCUUAAUGCAAAUAAAGUACAGCAGAGUAUGACCUCCUCCUGAGGGCUGUGCUUAGCGUUGCAUUUGCCAUGCUACAUUGUAAGCAGCCGCUUGUUGUUUUUUGUAAUAGAAAGAUUGAAAUGGUGUGCUCUCAUAUGGUGAGGCAACCAUCUUCCUAGCUGGAGUGCAUAGUUUUGGUCUGAGAUCAAACCAUUUCAGAAAUGUCACUUUUGUCUCCUGUGUAUGGAGAAAGUAGAAUAGUGUUGUUUCAGUACAGACAAACUCUCUCACACACCCCUCUACUGUGACAUAAAAAGGCUUUGAGAUAGAUGGGUUUAAGCCAGGAAGUCUCUCCCCUCAUAUAUGCAUCAGUCUUGAUAGGUACGGAGGAAAUGCAUUGAUGAACAGGGUGAUUGGAGGGGGGGGGGUGGUAAUGAGGGAUAUAUGCCACACCUGUAAUAUUCAGCACCAAGGAAAGAUGGUGCUGAGUCCUAGCCAUGCAAGACAUAGAGUCUGGAGCAACUAAAGCAUCUUCAGGGGAGAGAGGACCUGCGGGCAAAAAACCUGCUCCUGUAGAGCUCUAUUUGCCUUUCUCUAAAAGAGAUGACCUGGAAGUGCUGAUAUGCUCCAAGCCCUGCUCUUGAUGGACACUUUCCACUAAAUUCAGCAGCCCUGGGGAACAGCCACAGAACAUAGGCUGGUUUCACGGGAACUUGUCAGCAGGUUCUGCGACCCAUUAACUUGAACAUUCAUGAAAUUAUUUUGGGCACUUCAAGCAAACCCUAUAACUGUCAAAACCCAGUAUUUUAAGCAACAAGGGGGUUAUAUUUAAAAAUAAAUAUCUUGUAUGUAGAUACAAGGCCUCUGGAAACCUCCUGCACAAGUUAGUUUGAACAAAUAUGUGAAUGUAAUAACAGGAGUUGCACUUCCAAGGUACUGCCACAUUUUUUAAUACUGACAUGCAUUGUAUGAAGGAGCUGACAGCUGGGUUUCUAGGGCAUCUCAGGAAUUGUAAUCUGCUGUACUAGUCACCUUGAGUAUCCAAGCCACACAUUGUUUGAUUAAAUGAGGACUACAGGCCAAAAGGCAAUAAGCCAAAAAGUGAGACCAGCAUCUUUACCUAUAAGUUCCCUUUGUGGUUUUCAGUACUCGGGAGGAGGGAGUGUCUCUUGAGACCACCAGUUUUGAGGCCUUAUAACAAAAGACUACGAUUGUGCGUUGUCAAAGCCACUAAACUUAUGCGAACAUGGAUUUGCUCCAGCUGGAGUUUUAGGUUUUAAAAAAAGUGUAAAGAGAAGAAGCAUUUGAGCAUUACUUGCCAAUAUAUGUAAUGCUGCAUAACUUCAUCCAUUUAUAAACAAGCAUUCAACUCCAGGUUUACACUUCUCUGCUUCUUAUUGCCCUGCCCUGUGGUGUGAUCUUGGGAAAUAGAUUUUUACAUUUUAUUUGCUUUCAUCUUAACUGUAUUUUAAAUGCUCUAAAUUUACAAAUAUGAGUCUAAUAUGAGAUUAUGUUCCUUCUCCUCCCUCAAACUUUUGAAGGGGCCAAUGCUUUCCAACUUUUGCAGGUUAGACUGCUGCAGUUUGUUUUGUCUUGUGGUCAAAGUUUUCCUUAGAGCCUCCCAUACUCCAUAUUUCUCCCCUCAGUGAAAUAAUUAUUUGUUGUGGUGCUGUAAAAUGAACAGCUAAGAACAGCAUGGAGAUGUACCAGUCAAGAGCAUCCCUUAGUGUGUGGAUCCAGGAGUUCCUUAAAUUGUAAAUAUAAUGGUUCACUCUUGUCUGUCUUUCUGCAUGCCAGUAGUCUCUGCCUUUCCUGCAUGCAUGUGGUCAUUUAUUCCAUAUGAUAACAUGUUAUGCAUGCUUAUCUUUCCAGGGCAGUAGGUAUGACACCUGUUUUGCAGAUAUAAGAAGGAUACUCAUGGACUCUUGUGCUGAAGUUAGAUUUUUAAUUUUUUUUUUCCAGUUUAGAGAUUAUAGUCCUGUACUUUGCUCUCAGGAUCAGGCUGCUAAAGAAGUUACAUAAUUCAUUAAUAGUUUGAGGCACACCCAUGCCCCCUGUAUAUGCAAACUCAUUUUCAGUUGCAGUACUUUGGUUCUGCCCCCCCACCCAAUGUUAUCACUCUUUGAGGAUGAUGUGUUCAUGUCCAGGUUUCAGAUGAAAGAACCUUAUGCAUUUUUAUAUUCUUAAGCUUCAAAAUUACAGCUGUCAGUCGCUCUGUAUUCUUGGUAGAGGGGGGAAAAUGUCAUUCAGUUUGAGGAGAGACUUGUACAUUUGUAACCUGCCUACAAUGAGGAGGAGGAUCCAUUUACACACCAUGCUGGAUGACCGAUGAAUUAAAGCUACAUCACUUGACACACAAACUAAUAAAAAGUUUAUUUCUAAGAUGCAGAGCAUGGCUAUUCCUCAGGGUUUCUCAUCAUUGCUGGUUGAUUUGAGCAUGUUUCCUGGAAUCCAAGGGGAUGUCUAUGCUGCAAUAGCUGAAGCUAGUGUGGGCUUCCUUGAGCUUGCAGUUACCAUAGCAUAGAGGUAUCCCAACUCUGUUAUAUUAAAUACUCGGGCACUGUAGUACAGCUAGGCUUUACAUUUGGAGCUCACAAAUUUGGUUUUUGUUGGGGUUUUUUUGUUGUUUUUAACAAAAGUAAUAAGGGGGGCUGGUAGGGACACUUGGAGGUGGCUGCCACAGGUGUUCCUUAGGGUAAGGCAGAACUAUCUGGUCUUUGGUUUUGUAGCUUCAAGAGACCUUGUGUGUAGAGACCUGUAUGAAUCCAGCAACUCCCUU